CAAAGAAAGAAUAUAACUUUUGCUCAAGCCUUGAAAAAGUAUGAAUGUAUAUCACUUACGCUUUAGAUAUAAUAUAAUAAUAACAGCUGACAAUCAUGCUUGUAUUUUAUUGAUAAAUAUUGUACUAGAAUAUGAUGCUGUUAUGGACUAUGGCGGGAGGCAGGACGACCUUGAGUGGCCACACUAACCUAAGAUGAGGAAUAUUUUAUGUUACUGUGGAUAUAAAAGCCUCAAACACAUCAUCACAAGUGUGUAUGAAUAGUGAAUUGUUGUUAUCAAGAGUGUUGUAAAAUACAACACACAUAAACUAAGUUUAAUAUGGCUUCACAAGUUGUCAGGAGUAACACAAGGAAAAUUAUAAUUUUAGGAUUAAUAUGGAUUCUGGUGAUGAUUGUUCUUUCCUACUGUGGCUGUGAUGUGUAUAAUUCUUCCCUCAAGCAUGACGACCAUGAGUCCUCCAGUGACCAUGUAUUAUUACCUCUCAAAGAAUACAAGAAUUAUUUGGAAAAUGAAAAUUCUACAGAUAAAAAAAUCCUAUGCUAUUAUUCAAUUCCUCAAAAUGGAAGCAGUGAAACCCCUCUGACCGCAAAGGAUAUUGAUUCAACUCUUUGUACACAUAUUAUUAUUUCUAAGGCCAAAAUUGAAAACACCACUAUUGUCCCAGUUGAUGAAGGAGAUUUUAAGGUGUAUGCUGAGGUUGUGGCUAUGAAGAAGCAGAAUCCAGACCUUUAUGUGCUCCUGAGUCUUGCUACUGGCUUCUCUUCUCUUGUUCAAGAUCGUAUAGCAGUUGCAGUGUUUGCUUACAAUGCACAUAAGUUCCUAACCACCCAUGGAUUUGACGGUCUUGACCUAGAUUGGGAGUUCCCUGCUUGGCCACCCGGGAAGAAGAAUCCAAAAGAGAAGACAUGGUUCACUUACCUUCUCCUUCAACUGAACAAUGCUCUCAAGCUAGCGUCUCAUCCUCCACUCUUGUUGACUGUGGCUGUUGGAGCAUCACAGAGCAUCAUUGAUAAUUCUUAUGAGAUAGAUCAGCUUGCUAAAUGUGUUGACUUUGUAUCAGUCAUGGGCUACAACUAUCACAUGUACAAGCCCUACUUGCCCUUCACAGGCCAUAAUUCUCCACUGAGCAACUCCAGUAAUGAGAAGGGCUUUUUUUCUACCAUGAACAUUCACUGGGACACUAUUUAUUUAAUAAUGAAAGGGGUACCAAAAGAGAAGCUUAUUAUAGGGAUCCCUACAUUUGGACACACAUGGAGGUACAAUGGGUACUUGAUGCUGGUGUUGCAGGAGUGAUGACCUGGAAUCUCAAUAGUGAUGACUGGGCAGGAUUGUGUAAUGGACAGAAAUUUGAACUACAUGCAGUCAUCAAAAAUAUGCUCAUGCAGAAACUUCUAGAGAGCUAAGGAUUCAGCAUUUUUAAAAUUUUAUUUGAAACAUUCAAUCUAAUUUUAUAUUUUAUUCUAUGCAAAACAACCACUGUGAAAGAGUAGUGAAAUUCCAAGCGCUUUCGUGACUGCUCACAUUGUCAAGGAACUAUGAAAGUAAUACAUCAAAGGAAGGCAAUAAAAGGGCUUAGACCACACCUCACAGUCAAACCCCAUAACAAAGAAACACCUGAAGCGGG